AUGGAGGAAUGUGAAUUUAAAGAGCAUUUUCGAGUAAAUCGUAACACCUUUAAUUUCCUAGUUAAUGAAUUGCAUCCACAUUUAGGCAAAACUACCACAACUAUGCGAGAACCUAUUUCAGUAGUAAAACGUGUUGCAGUUGCAUUACAUUAUCUAGCUUCAUGUGAAGAGUAUCGUGUUGUGUCUAGCCUUUUUGGCAUAGGAAAGUCAACAGCAAAUUUAAUUGUUCAUGAAUUUAUUAAUGCUGUUAAUGACAUUUGGCUCUCUAAAUAUGUUAAAUUUCCAUUGUCAGUGGAAAAUUUAAAUAAACAUAGCAGAGAUUUCGAAGCUAUUCUUGGUUUUCCACAAUGCGUUGGAGCUGUUGAUGGAUGCCACAUCCCUAUUUUAGCCCCUAAAGAUCAAGCAAUUUCUUAUUAUAAUUAUAAAGGGUGGUAUUCCAUUGUACUUUUUUCCGUUGUAGACUGUCAAUACCGUUUCAUUUAUACAAGUGUUGGAUUGCCAGGUAGAAAUAAUGACAGCUAUAUUUUGCAGAAUUCUUCUUUGAAAGCAAUUUUAGAAUCAAAUCUAAUUGAUAAAUUUUGUAAAGAGCUGGGUGAUUCUCUUGUUCCGCUAUGUUUGAUAGGUGAUUCAGCAUUUCCUUUAACGCGUCAUUUGUUAAAACCUUAUCCUGAAAAUUUGGAGCUUAGUGAAAUUCAAAAAAAUUUCAAUAAAAUACUUUGCAGAGCUAGAAGAGUAGUUGAGAAUGCUUUUGGGCGCGUUAAAGCUCGAUUCCGUGUAAUUUGCAAACGUAUGGAAUGCGAUAUUAACUUUGCUACAAGAAAUGUUAAUGCUUGCGUCACUCUUCACAACAUUUGUGAAUAUUAUGACGAUAUUAUUAUAAUAGAAUGGCUUAUGCAUCAUCAUGAUGACAGUCUAGCUCAACCCAAUACAGUUUCUACAACUGGGAACAAUGGACUAGGAAAAAAUGUUCGUGACUCAAUUGCUAAAUACCUUUAUGAAAGGGACAAGUAA